AUGGCCAACAAAGGCCACUUUCAACCCAACAUCCUGAACUGGGCCCUUCGACUGAUCCUGGCAUGGAUCUUCUUGGUGGCCUGUGGAGGAAGCCACCCUCUGCAAGCUAGGUUCUGGGAACACCCUGGGCUAGCAGCCAAUGUGAGCACAAGCCAGCUGCACCUAGCAGGGCACCCUCAGCCUUACCGGAGGAUCCAAGAUCCUGGUUCACAGACAUCACCAGUGCCAGAACCUUGCUGUACCUCAGACAAAGACAGACCAGAGGCACCAAGCCCAGGGGUCCUUCUAGAGAGCUGCGGUGCUCCAAGCCCAGAAUGUGAAUUAUUUCUGGGACAUCUUCUACGUACCCUCCGCAAUCGCUUCCACCCUCUGUUGCUUGGAAUGCAGCCACUCUGCCCAGAGGUCUGCCAGAUUUGGUUCACCACCUGUGAAGCAGAUUUUACCUGUGGACUGACUUGGCUGCAGCCCUCUGGGAAGAGAGGCUGUGAGUCCAGUUGUCGUACCUUUGGGCAGACCUUCACUAAUGCUGAAGACUUGUGUCGCACGGCUCUGGGCCAUGCUGUGGUGGCAGCUCCUGGCUCGCGUCACUGUCUCAACGUCUCCAUGUCCUCGCUGCGAGCCCGCCGCUCUGGCUCCUGGGUCUCCAAUGCUGCAGGCAGUGGCAGCGGCAGCAGUGGCAGUGGGGACAGCCCCGAGUAGACACUGGCUUUCAAUAAGUGUCCCUUCUCUGGACCAGGAGCAA